AUGUUAGGCCUAUUAAUUCAAGGAGCGCUGUUUGCACUUUCCAAGUCUAGAAGUUUAUCAUAGUUUAAGGAGGAUUCCUGCACAACUCAAAAGAUUUAGGAAUUCAAUCUAGAAAAUCUAGGAGACGUAAAUCAAUACUUCAAUAUUUGUCCUAAACCCAGUGAAGUUGAGAUUCAAAGUUUUUAUCACCAAGAUGAAGUAACUUAAUUGCAGAUUUUUGACAAUAGUUUUACUGGACUUUCUGCAAUUAAAGAGGAUAUGCUUCUUCGAGGUUGGAAUUUUAAUAGGUCAGGACCAACCUACUAGACUUUCGUAGGAGGCGAGGUUGUACAACAGAGAGGAAAAUGGAACAGCUUGAGAAAUCCGGUUUAUGUUCCAGCUUCAUACACUUUCAGAAAUUGGGGAGAUCUUAUCUAGUGUCCACCUGGAUUUUUUGUGUCAAACUUGGCUGUAUCAUCUGUUAUAGGCAACAUAAUUUUCUUUGGUUUAUAUUGCCAGAUACCUGAUACAACAAAUUAAACAGCUUAUUCUUCAGAUUGCAUUUCAUAAGACCUUGAUUUCUCCACAGUAUGCCCAGAUGAUUAUUGGUUGACUGGUUUUGAUUUAAGGAACAAUAAAGAGUAAAUCAUUUGUUGUUCACCAUUAUAUACUUGCUAGGAUGCAACUUGCUCUUGUGAUGGUUUUGAAAUUUCUCAAAAUAGUGAGAUUAAAUGA